AUGGGAAAACGCAAGCAAGAUCUUGGUGAUGUGCCCAUGGGCGGCACAAAGGACGAGGAUUCCUCCGACGAUGACACUGACAUGAUCAAUGUCGACUUCGAAUGGUUUGACCCGCAACCUGCAAUCGAUUUCCACGGCCUUAAGAACCUCCUCCGCCAGCUAUUCGACAAUGAUGCUCAAAUCUUCGAUUUGUCCGCCCUCGCCGAAUUGAUCUUGUCGCAGCCGACACUCGGAUCAACCGUGAAGACCGACGGCAAUGAGUCGGACCCGUACGCUUUCUUGUCUGUUUUGAACCUGCAGGAGCACAAGGACAAACCCGCCGUGCAGGAAUUGAUCAAAUAUAUCACCUCCAAAGCCGCCGGUAACCCCUCCCUCGCCGCCAUCAAUGAGCUCGUCUCUCAGGAGCCCAUUCCUCCAAUUGGCUUGAUCCUGACUGAGCGGGUCAUCAACAUGCCAUCCCAGGUCAUUCCCCCUAUGUACAACAUGCUUCUGGAGGAGAUUGCUUGGGCAAUUCAGGACAAGGAACCCUACAACUUCUCGCACUACCUCAUCAUCUCCAAGGGCUACGAGGAGAUCGAGUCGAAGCUGGAUCUUGAAGAGUCUCGGCCACAGAAAAAGACCAAGAAGGGUGGCGCUGCUAACCAGCGGUUCUUCUUCCACCCCGAGGACGAGGUGCUGCAGCGCCACGCCCUGUGCUCUGGCUCAUAUGAGUUUACCCACAAGCAGGAUGACGGCCACUCGGACUCCAAGCGUGCGUUCCAAGAGCUUGGUAUUAUCACCAACGGAAGCAUGAUCUUGAUCGAGGGGUCCAAAUUCGAGGCUACAGUCAAGGCUGUGCAGGAGUACCUGCAGUAA